AAUGUUCGACGGGUUGUAGCAGGAGACACACGGACACGACCAGUCCAAUCCGACGCCCGCGAUUAUCUGAAUAUUGCGUUCGAAAUUAAAAAAAUUCUGCGCUUACCAGUGUUAUUAGAACUUUUUGGUUGAGCGUGUUAUAUGAUUCGCAUGGAUGUGGAACUUUUUGGCGCGAAACAAGCAGGUAGCCGUGAUGCUGGGAGUGCUGGCAGCGGCCGCAUUAGUCGUGGUCCUUCUGGCGACGAAGGGCGCGAGUCUCGCGGUCGUGGAGAACCUAUCCACGGAAACGGAUGACGUCAGCAAGGAUCCCCACGUAUUUUCCACUUACAGUCUCCCUUCAGACGAUCGAUUCAUGCCAUCUAUCGGAAAUGGUCACGUGGCAACUAAUAUCUUCAGCGACACGGUCUACAUGAAUGGUCUUUACAACGGCUUUAAAGGGGAAAGCCAUCGCGCUAGGAUUCCUUCCUGGGCUAACAUCAGGCUAAAUUCAACUCUGACGCAAAACCCCUACAGUCCAAUGUACAAUUUGGAUACAAAACAUGGAGUGUUUACUGUUACUGUGGACAGAGAGAGAUCGGUUGUCACGCAGAGAAUCUAUGCUCACAGAUUUUAUACGAGAGCAAUUGUUAACCAGAUACAAGUCGCAUCUAAACACCGCCCUGAUCCAAACUUCCUUCACCCUGAGAUAUGGAUAGCUAUUAAAUUGAUGCCAGGGCCGGCCAGCGUGGAUAUAGCGUUCGAUGAUCCGAUACCAGAGAUUAUAGACGGUCGUACUGUGUGGAGUGUUUGUGGUCACACGAAGGUAUCCGAAGAUCCGACCUACCAGCCACUUCCACUCGAUGUAUGUGCGUAUUGGACCUCAGUGCCAGACCAUUUAGUGGUCCCACAACAUGGGACCAGGGUGUUUACUUUCGCGAUGACCGUAGACAAAAAUAAGACUAUCGCAAGACAUGAACUCAUAAAAGUAUUACAGACGGAUGGCGAGGAGUUGUUCGAAAAGCACGUGGAGCAGUGGCAGCGAUUAUACCAGCAGGCAGGAGUGCAUAUUGAGGGCAACUUGAAGCUGGCCAAAAUAGUAAACGGAAUCUGGUAUUACUAUCUGAGCUCCCUGCCUGCAGAGGUGUCCCAUCAGCCGUUGGACCGUUUCUUUGGUCUCAGCCCCACAGGACUCGCCAGAGGCGGCACAUUUGAUGAUUAUGAAGGUCACAACUUCUGGGACACGGAGACAUGGAUGUACCCUGGCAUCUUACUCCUGUACCCUCAAUACGCGCAUGCCCUGCUUCAGUACAGACUAGAGACGGCUUACGUCGCAGCACACCUCGCGAGGAGCACGGGACAUAAAGGAUAUAGAUUCCCAUGGGAGAGCGCGUACACAGGCACAGAGGUGACGCAGCCAUGUUGUCCGGAGGUGGCGGAGUUCGAGCAGCACGUGUCCGGCUGCAUUUCCUUUGCAGCCCGCCAGUACCUCGCCACCACCAGAGAUGAAGAAUGGUUGAAGCAAGGUGGCUGUUCUCUUGUGACGAACAUAGCAGACUUUUGGGCUUCGCGUGCUGUCAUCAAUUACACGUCUGGCUUCUACGACAUUGAAAACGUUAUGGGUCCUGACGAAGACCACAGCAAUGUGACCAACUCUGCCUUCACUAAUGUCGUUGCCGGAUACUCGAUGUAUUUAGCUCAAUACGUGGCUUGCCUAUGCAAGGAUUACUAUAUGUCCCGAGAGCCAGAGCACUACGCAGACAUCGCUUGGAGCCUAGCGCUGCCGUACGACGCUGAUCUCGACUACCACCCGCAGUAUACCGGCUAUGCACGCGGGGAGGGUAUCAAGCAGGCUGAUGUUGUACUACUGGGAUUCCCAUUGCAGUAUCCUAUGAAUGAAUCUACGAGGAUGAACGACCUGUCUUACUACGAGUCAGUAACUCGCAGCAGCGGACCCGCAAUGACGUGGAGCAUGCACGCCGUGGGACAUCUUCGCCUAGGGGACAGGCAGCACGCCGAGAAAAUGUUCAAUAAGAGCUAUAAAGCCUACGUUAGGGAACCUUUUAAGGUGUGGACCGAGCUCCGUCGCCCCGAUGUAGGCGCUGUGAACUUCCAUACAGGCAUGGGUGGGUUCCUGCAGGCGCUGAUGUUCGGUUAUGCCGGUGUUAGCGUGUACUUAGAUAGGCUGGAGAUCAACCGCCCUCAGCUGCCGCCACAGUCCACCAGGUUGAAGAUAAGAGGUAUGAAAUAUCUCGGAGCAAACCUGACUCUGGACAUAGACGAGGAUGACAUCAGCCUGACGGCAACCAGCAUUGACGACAACUGGCCGCUGCUCAUCAACAACGGGAAGUACAAUGUCACCCUCGUACCCGGAUUGACAGUGACAUUAUCAGGAGACGGACCUUUCACAAUACGUUCCAAGCAAUGGAAGGACUGCAAGGUUCCCGCUGACGUCAUCGGACAGAGCUACCUGAGACCUAUUGGAACUUAAUGCGAUCCGAAAUCUAACCCUAAAAUACUACAAUUUUUAUUCAUGAUUUAUAUUAACUUCAUUGAAUAUAUGAGAGUAGAUCUACGAUCCUAGUCAUUUAUCACAUAAUUUGUAUCAAUUAGAAGUCGUUUUAAUGUAAAAAAGUUGCCUUCACAAUUAAAAAAAAAGUGAAACAUGUAAAGUAUGCUGAUGACUUCAUUUAUACUUAUUUUUCUUAAUAUUACACCAUUCACCUGCACGUGUAUAUUUUAUUGUUGACUACAUUAUUUAUUCAGUUUGUUAUGACCCCUAAGAUAGUUAACCAAAUUAUGCUGAUCUGAAAAAAAAAUGUCCCAAUUAUGUACUGUAAUCGUCUGUGAUGUUGAAACUUGAAACUGCUGACGCUACGAGGUGUCGAAUUUAACACGUUAUUGACAUCGGUAUAUGAAACUUUUAAUAAUACCUUACAUCUAUAAUAGUCAUAAUAAAAUAAAUUCACUGAUAUAGAACCCACUGGGAAGGCUGCUGAUUCGAAAUCUUUUCAUCGUUUGCUUCGUUCAAACAUAAACGCGCCUGUUGAAGUUACUUCUAUCACUAUUUGUUUCAAUG